GGUACAUUAUUUUUAUCUUAAUAUAAAUAUUCACCUAAAAAGAAAGGACAGCGCCUCUUUUUAUAGUUUACUAUCAACAAAGAAAAAAAAAAAGAGAACUUUACCAGUUUAAUUAAAUUAUGCGUAUACCAAAUACAUAUUUACAUUAAUCAACAUUAUAUUAUCACAUUUGAUUUCUUUGUAUCAUAUUCCACAUUCACAACAUUUACGAUUUUAUAAAGCAUUAUUUUAAAUAGAAUAGUAUAUUGAAUAUAAACAAAAAAAAUAUAGAUUGUACAAAAAUAACAAUAUAUAUUUUCUCAUAAAUAUAUUAAAAUCAAAUAUUAUAUUAACAUUACAACGCCAAUAAUAACAAAACAUUCCAAAAAUCAAUUCCCAAGUAUUAAAAAAAAUGUCCUCUGGAAAGAAUCUCGAUCAAGUUCUAAUGCCAACUUUAUGUUUCGGUGAUAUUACUCGAGAUGAAAUUAAUUCCGUUCUUAAUAUUGCUGGUGUUCCUUUAGCUCCACCAGCAAAGACACCUUUUGUAACCGGUAUUCAAUUUAAAAGACCUGUAGUCAUCAAUACCCCAAUUGCUACUGAACAAAAAAAGCCAUCAUCCGCAGCAAAAGAACCAUUUAAAAAGAUCGAGUCUAUUAUUGAAGAAAAAAAAGAACAACAACAACAACAACAACAGCAGCAGCAGCAGCAGCAAAAGCAAAAACAAAAAUCUGCACCUAAGAAAGAAGUGAACCAACAACAAACUGCUCCUGUUACUACACCAUCUACGGUUACUACUACCUCUACACAGCCAUCUGAUGCUUCUUCUGCAACUCCAGCAAGUGUUGAACCAGCUUCUCCACAACCUAAAUUAAAAACUCCUGUUUCUAGUUGGGCUGCUUUAUUGAAAAAAACUGAUAAUGUGAAAAAAAAUGCCGCAAAUACCACUAUUGCACCUACAACAAAUGGUGUUAUGGCAAAUGGAAAACCUCCAGUUAGCAAGCCUUCAAAGCCUUCUUCCCCAGUCCCUACGUCUGUACCUAAGUUUACUGGUGUCGCUGAUAUUAUCAGCAAAUACGAACCACUCUAUAAAUCUCCUUUAAUCCAGCCUCGUGGUUUGAUUAAUAACGUGAAUACUUGCUUUAUGAAUGUGAUUUUACAACCUUUAUUGCAUUGUGCUCCUUUUUAUAAUCUUAUAAAAACUAUUAGUAAGCAAGUUGUUCAUAAAAUUAACAGCAAAACACCUCUAUUGGAUUCAAUUAUUGAAUUCAUCAAUGAGUUUCCGAGUGAACGUCUCGAUAGUUUGGAGCCUUAUGGUGAACCUUUUGUACCAGAAUAUGUAUAUAAUGCAUUACGUGGACAAAAGAAAUUUGAUACGCUUCGUGGACGACAAGAAGACUCGGAAGAAUUUCUUUGCUUUUUGUUAGAUGGUUUACAUGAGGAAAUGUUAGCUGUUCUUAAAGAAUAUAAUGACAAAAGGGAAGCAGAAGCUAAAGCAGCUGGUGGAGAUGAAUGGUUAGAAGUUGGAGCAAAGAACAAAACGAGUAAUUUACGUUCGACUGGUUUUGAGGAAUCACCUAUUUCAAAGAUAUUCGGAGGUAAAGUAAGAUCAGUCUUACGUUGCCCUGGAGCAAAGGAUUCAAUUAAUUUAGAACCUUAUCAAUCACUUCCAUUGGAUAUUCAACCUGAAAAUGUCAGUUCAAUUGAAGAUGCAAUUGCUAAUAUGACAAUUCCCGAAACAAUGCAUGAUUACACAUCACCAAAGGGUAUUAAAGUAGAUGCUACUAAACAGGUUUAUUUAGAAAGCUUGCCUCCUGUAUUGGUUUUGCAUAUGAAACGAUUUGUAUUUGAUAAUGUGGGUGGUGUCCAAAAGUUAUUAAAGCGCGUAAAAUAUGGUGCAAAAUUGACAAUUGAUUCUGAAUGGUUAGCUCCUGUUACACGUCAGAAGGAGCCCAUUACUUAUAAACUGUUUGGUUCUGUAUAUCAUCAUGGUAGUUCAGCUGGUGGUGGCCAUUAUACUUGUGAUAUUCAACGACAUAAUGGUGAAUGGCUUCAUAUAGAUGAUACAAACAUUACUCCUAUUUCGGAAGAAGAUGUUUUAGUUACUGAGGAGAAUAGUCGUACAUCUGAAAGAUUACAUGCUGGUCAAACUGCUUAUAUUUUAUUCUACGUUAGAUCAUCAUAAAACUGUAUUCUUCUUCUUCUUCUUCUUUUUAUUGUUACCAUUAUUUUAUAAUAUUUUCCCCUCUUUUUUUUUUUCUCCCUUCUAAAAAAUAAAAA